AUGAUUGAUGAAAUGAUUCAGAAUUUGCUUGCCGAGAGCGAGGAACUGAAGCCUAAGUUGGAGAUCCUGCGCAAACGGCUUGAGGAUAAAAUAGUCGCAAAUACGGCGCUCCCUAAAAGCAUCUGCCAGGAAGAACGUGCCACUGGCGAAAAAAACCUGAGAAGGGAACUGCGCAAAAAACGCAUCCUCGUGCCGGCGCCGGUACGCUUUUUAGUCUCAAUUAUAAAGCUUGAUGAAGAUAUUGGCGAGUUCAUUGGUUGCGGAAGUUUUGAUCACCCAUAUCCGGCAACAAAAGUGAUGUGGAUCCCGGAUCAGAAAGGAGCUUUCCCAGAUCUGAUUGCAACAACCGGCGAUUAUUUGCGGUUAUGGCGUGUAGGUGGCGAAGGAGGCGCUCAGAUUGAAGUUUUUUUGAAUAACAACCGAAGCAGCGAAUAUUGUGCCCCUUUGACGUCGUUUGACUGGAAUGAUGUGGAUGUUGGCCUCAUUGGCACUUCCAGUAUCGAUACGACUUGCACCAUUUGGCAAGUUGAGGUUAAUAAUCUUGCAUUCAAGAGGCUUCAGCGCACUGACGAUGAAUAA